AUUUAACUUUGUGUGAGUCAAAAUGAACACAUUAUUUGUUUUUUUCCUUGCCUCAGUCCUUGUGGUAUACGGCAGUGAAGAUGAGUCGAAACAGCAAGAGACGAGCUGUGUCAAUUACUGCUCGAAUAUUAUGAAGCCUGUGCUAAAUGUUACGAGGAAUCUACAAAACCAAGUGAAUGAUUUUAAACAUCAAACGAAAUGUUUGUCGCAGUUCGAGAGCACGAAUAAGAUGAUGGAGGAGAAAUUUGCAUCACAGGAUAAAAAGAUUGACCAGAAAUUGGGAGACUUGAGCAAUGCAACUGAAGAAAUUAUGGAACAAAUAAAAUUACAGGGUAAACAAGUCAAGGAACAGUUGGAACAUCUUCAAAAAGCGGAGGAACUUAAGAAGCCAAUACCUGGACCAGCUUAUCAGCGGAUUGGAUCAAAGUAUUAUUAUAUUGAAGAAUCUGAAGAAGUCAAUUGGUUUGUUGCAGUCAACAAAUGUUUUAUCAUAGGUGGACAUUUAAUUAGUAUCGAAAAUCAGGAUGAAUUCAAUGCAAUCAAGGGGAAACUGCAAGCUACAAAAAAUUAUUGGAUUGACAUUAACGAUUUAGCUAAAGAGGGUGAAUUUAUUUCCGUAGUAACUCGUCAAAAGCCGAAGUUUUUGAAUUGGCAUAUUAAUGAGCCAAAUAACGGUGCGUCUUUUAACGAGCAUUGCGGUGAAUUAUGGUUCCAUAAUGAAAAUCACCUAAUGAAUGAUGGUAUAUGUGAAAAGAAGAACUUGUUUAUUUGUGAACGUACAGAGAACUAA